AAAGGCGCCCCGGCGCGGCGGGCGGGCGGGUGAGUGUAGCUGCGCGUGGGGAGGCGCGUGGGACCCGCGUGGGAGCCGCAGCGAGCAGGGACCCGGAACGCGCGGCGCCGCCGCCGGGCCCGCCGGCCCCCGCGAGCGCAGUGCCCGCCCCCGUCGCCCGCUCGCCCGGGCGCGGCUGGAUGCGGCGGGGGCCCCGCGGCGGCGGCCUCCGGCCCCCAGAGCCCGGAACGCCCAGGGGCGGCGUGCGGGGCCCGGGGGCGCCGCGCCCUCCAUGCGCCGAGGCGCGCCCCGAGACAGCCGGGGGCCCGCGCCGCAGCCGCCGCCGCCGCCGCCCGCGCUGAGCCCCGGCGCGAACCGCGGCCCGCGCCCGGAGGCAGCAUGAGCCAGGCCGAGCUGUCCACCUGCUCGGCGCCGCAGACGCAGCGCAUCUUCCAGGAGGCCGUGCGCAAGGGCAACACGCAGGAGCUGCAGUCGCUGCUGCAGAACAUGACCAACUGCGAGUUCAACGUGAACUCGUUCGGGCCCGAGGGCCAGACGGCGCUGCACCAGUCGGUCAUCGACGGCAACCUGGAGCUCGUGAAGCUGCUGGUCAAGUUCGGCGCCGACAUCCGCCUGGCCAACCGCGACGGCUGGAGCGCGCUGCACAUCGCCGCGUUCGGCGGCCACCAGGACAUCGUGCUCUAUCUCAUCACCAAGGCCAAGUACGCGGGCAGCGGCCGGUGAUGCCCGCCCGGACCCGGACGCGGGCCUCGAGCGUGUCGUCUGCUGUACCUUCCCGCCAACUACCUCGGUGCGCACCGGGCCCCCGGGCCCCGCGGCCACAACGAGUCUGGCGCGCGCGUCCGCGCCCACGGGGGCCGCGCGGCGCCCGCUGCCAGGGGUCGACGCCCCCGCGCGGCCGCCCGGACCCGGGCCGAGGGCUUCCCACGGCCCCCGCCCUCCGCCUCGCGGUGGGGGGGGGGGGGGAGGUGGGGGCGGGGCGCGGGCUGCAGCCCCUUUGAAAUUUGAGUCUCGCUACCAGCAAGUUUGGAGUCCCGAGACACCGGAUCCUCCGGUCAAAAUGUUUUCUCCCGAAGGUGGAAGGCGGGCGGCGGGGACGCCGGGCUCGGGGCGCUCCGCCGCCCGCAGGACCCGCGGCCGAAGCCCGCAGUCGCCCGGGGGCCAAGGCGGGGCGUUUCCGGCCCGGACGCGCGACGGUGGAGACGCUCCGCUGUUCUUAGGGUUCUAAACUAUUUAUCAUGUGUGUGUAUAUUUGUGGGUGAAGUUUGUGCGUCUGAAUUUUUUUGUUUGGAAAAUAUUGUGCGUGGUCAAUGUGGUUAUAGGGGGGAAGAUACAUUUUUUUUUCUUAGUCUUAAAACUAAAAACUUGAGUCUGUCAUU